UGACACAUGGACUCGACCGCAGAUAAUCAGAACCCGGAUGUGUCUGCGGGGAACUAACCGGAAUCCAUAACCGACGAUACGUCCGGAAAUUUGGUGGGCUUCCACUUCCGGCUGGUUCUUGCGGUCAAAAGAAAACGCACAUUUCCUACCUUGUGUGUGUAUCUUGAGAGAGAGAGUGAAAGAGAGAGAAAAGAAUAGAGAGGCGGCGAAGAGGCGGUGUCGCCGUGUGUUCUCCUGUCACCCCAAAACCCUAAUUGCGUUUGCCGCCCAAGGACUCGCCAGUUUUCGCUAGUUUCUUGAAAUUUUUUUGUUAAUUUGUCCGUUUUGGCUGUAUCAGGUUGUUAAUUGGAAGGCUGCAUGAGAACUGUAACUGGAAAUUUAAUUGAGCAUUUGCUAAUUCUGCUGAGGUCUGCUGUGGUAGAGUAAUUUCCUUCAGGGGUUUAAGAGGAUGGACCUGGUGUCUAAUUGCAAGGACAAGUUAGCAUAUUUUAGGAUAAAGGAGCUCAAGGAUGUCCUUACCCAACUAGGGCUUUCAAAGCAGGGAAAGAAGCAGGACCUUGUUGAUCGGAUACUAGCCAUUCUCUCCGAUGAACGAGUUUCAGGAUUGUGGGCCAAGAAAAAUGCUGUUGGUAAGGAGGAUGUGGCAAAGCUAGUUGAUGACACUUACAGGAAAAUGCAGGUCUCCGGUGCAUCUGACUUGGCUUCGAAAUCACAAACUGUCUCAGAUAAUUCAAACAUAAGACCCAAAGAGGAAACUGAAGACCGCCAUCAAAUGGAAAAGAUACGCUGCCUCUGUGGAAGCACACUGCCAACUGAUUCAAUGAUCAAGUGCGAAGAUCCUAGGUGCAAUGUCUGGCAGCAUAUGGCAUGUGUGCUGAUUCCCGAGAAACCCACAGAGGGCAUCCUGCCAAAUCCUCCAGAUAUCUUUUACUGUGAAGUUUGUAGACUGAGUCGGGCCGACCCCUUCUGGGUGACGGUUGCACAUCCUUUAUAUCCUGUGAAAUUGAACAUCACAAAUGUUCCUGCAGAUGGCUCAAAUCCUAGUCAGAGCAUUGAGAAAACGUUUUCACUUGCAAGAGCAGACAGGGAUUUGUUGUCAAAACAAGAAUAUGAUGUUCAGGCGUGGUGCAUGCUUCUUAACGACAAGGUAACAUUUAGGAUGCAGUGGCCGCAGUAUGCAGAUCUACAGGUCAAUGGUGUACCAGUGAGGGCAAUAAACAGACCUGGGUCUCAGUUGCUGGGAGCAAAUGGUCGAGAUGAUGGACCUGUUAUUACACCGUGCACUAGAGACGGACUUAAUAAGAUCUUUGUAGGAGGAUGUGAUGCUCGCAUAUUCUGUAUGGGAGUUAGAAUUGCCAAGAGACGCUCACUGCAGCAGGUUCUCAACAUGAUCCCGAAAGAGGACGAAGGCGAGCGUUUCGAGGACGCACUGGCUCCUGUUCGUAGAUGUGUUGGGGGUGGGGCUGCCACAGAAAAUGCUGAUAGUGAUAGUGAUAUUGAAGUUGUUGCUGAUUUCAUUCCUGUCAAUCUUCGCUGUCCUAUGAGUGGUCUAAGAAUGAAAGUGGCUGGAAGGUUUAAGCACUGUGCACACAUGGGCUGUUUUGAUCUUGAAGUGUUUGUGGAAAUGAACCAACGCUCCAGGAAGUGGCAAUGUCCUAUCUGUCUGAAGAACUACUCUUUGGAGAAAAUCAUUAUUGAUCCGUAUUUCAACCGAAUCACAUCAAAGAUGAGAAAUUGUGGAGAAGAUGUGGCAGAGAUUGAGGUGAAGCCUGAUGGCUCCUGGCGUGCCAAGGCAGAAGGUGAUCGUAAGGGUGUUGGGGAGCUUGGGUUGUGGCAUUUGCCUGAUGGUAGCAUCUGUGCAUCUGCGGAUGAGGACUCAAAACCAAAACUGGAACUUAAACCAAUAAAACAGGAAGCUGGCUCUGAUAGUAAUGCUGGUCUUAAACUAGGAAUUAAGAAAAACCGAAAUGGUUGCUGGGAAUUCCAUAAACCAGAUAAUAUGCAGGGGAUCACAACUGCAAAUAGAUUUGAUGAAAACUUUGAGAAAAAUGGUCAGAAUAUAAUUCCUAUGAGCAGUAGUGCCACAGGCAGUGGCAAAGAUUGUGAGGAUGGUAGUGUUAAUCAAGUUGGUGGCGGAAACCUUGAUUUUUCGACUGUCAAUGGUAUUGAGUACGAGUCGAUUCCCUUGAACAUUGAUCCAACACAUGGAUUUAGCGAUCGAACGACGUCUGCACCAGCAGGGGAGGCUGAAGUAAUUGUCCUCAGUGAUUCAGAAGAAGAAAUCGAACCUCUAAUGUCUUCUGAAGCUGGUUACAAGAACACUGGUCCAGAUACUGGUGGAGUCCCAUUUCCAGCUGCUCAGCAUGGGAUUCCUGAUUCUUAUUAUGAACAUCCUGCUCUUGGUAAUGUUGGAAGUUCAUGUCUUGGUCUUUACAACACAAAUGAUGACGACUUUGGGGUUAAUAUGUGGACAUUGCCUUCUGGUAGUCAUGGAGGACCAGGUUUUCAGCUAUUUGGUUCUGAUGUGGACGUUUCUGAGGCAUUAGUUGAAAUGCAGCAUGGUUCGCUCAAUUGCUCAUCAUCUAUUAAUGGCUAUGCGUUGACUGCAGAGACUGCCAUGGGAUCUGCUGCACUUGUCUCUGAGUCUAGUGCUCAACGGUCUAAUACAAAUGAUGGCUUAGUAGAUAAUCCUUUGGCAUUUAGUGGCAAUGAUCCUUCUCUUCAAAUAUUUCUCCCCACUAGGCCAUCUGAUGCAUCAGCUGCGCCAUCUGAUUUGAGAGACCAUCCAGAUGUUUCAAACGGUAUUCGUGCUAAGGACUGGAUUUCUCUCAGGCUCGGGGAUGGUGUUGGAGCGGGUCAAGGUGAAUCUGCAGCUGCAAGUGGUAUUAAUUCAGCACAACAAUUACAAUCGAAGGAUGAUACCUUGAACUCAUUAGCAGACAAUGCAUCUUUGUUGCUUGGGAUGAACGACAAUAGGUCUGGUAAGACAAGUAGGGAGAGAUCAGAUAGUCCUUUUACAUUUCCUCGCCAACGGCGCUCUGUAAGACCAAGAUUAUAUCUAUCUAUUGAUUCGGACUCUGAGUGAAGUUGUUGGGUACCACAUCCAGGGGAAAUGAGUUCAAAUUCCUCAGGACCGCUACCAGAUGCAUCACAUGUAAAGAACCUUUCCAGAAGCACAAGCAUUGAUGUACUCUUGCUGCCCAGUCGACCUGUGAAUACCAAUUGAAGAAGCUAAAUAUAAUGCCUGCAUUUGGAAAACAGUGAUUUUCUGGUGACUUAAUAUCAUUUUGCUGCCACCAGACGAACUGCUUUUGAUUGGUGAGCUAUGCACCCUGUGUUUUUUUCCAGAAUUAAAUCUCCUAAUGCCUGGUAUUUUUCCUGAUCCAGGGUCUGUCCAUCAAAACAGGUUGGGAAGUCAUAUUUUCCCCCUUGCUUGUUGGUGAAUUGCAUGUGCUGGAAAAUUGUACAUCUGAUAGUUAUAUUAUUGGGGAAAUUGGAAGUCAGGUUUAUUAGUUUUGGUUGUAGUUGCGGAGGGGGGAAGGCUUAGCUUAGGGACAUUGUGCUCUUGAUCUUAAACGAGAGCAGCCUGUAUAUCUCAUCACAAAAAAUCAAUAAUUUUAUAGGAAUAUAAGUUUAUAUAAACAAUUUUGCUUUCUAUAGUUAUCCCAGAAUUUGCAUGUAUGAUUUCUUAAGUGGGCGGGCUGGCGGGCUGCAGUUUGUCCCCAUUUACCCAUU